AUGGCAACAUUUUCACUGCUAGAAGUGCCCUUAGACUUAGCCAUUGUAGGUGGAAGUGAUCUAAGCUCAACCCCACAAUCCGUGGUCAAGUUUUGUUCCAUAAACGAGACUCUGACCAAAUUUGACCCGUUGGCCGUACUUGAUUCGAGUUUGAACAUUCUUUUAGGGUUGAGGGUUGUUUCAAAGUUUCCAUUUGGAAAAUUCCUUAUUGCCUUAUACUGGGUUUUACAGUACGGAGUACACUCGAUUUCUGCCCUUCCUCAGCCACGCUCCAAAAUGAGUCGGCACCCGGAGGUUCUGUGGGCCCAGCGCUCCGAUAAGGUGUACCUAACGGUGGCGUUACCUGACGCCAAAGACAUCAACAUCAAGUGUGAGCCUGAGGGCUCCUUCAGCUUCUCCGCCAUUGGAGUCCAAGGCGAGCCCUUUCACUUCACUUUGGACCUUUACGGACCAAUAACGCCUGAUGGUUGCAAAACUAAAGUUGGGUUGAGGAACAUCCUCUGCUCAAUCCAGAAAGAUCAGAAAGGUUGGUGGAAACGGCUGCUCAAGACUGAAGAGAAGCCUGCACCUUACAUUAAGGUUGAUUGGAACAAAUGGUGUGAUGAGGACGAGGAAGACACUACUUCUGAUUUGGCCUCUGAUGAUGGCGAUGCUGCGUAUGUCGGUCAAGAUGGUGGAAGCAGUGAUGAUGAUGGAAUGCUCUAUCUUCCGGACCUGGAAAAGGCAAGAAAGUAA